GCGAAUAAAGGAUCUGACCAGUCGGUGCACCACUAGAGAUUGAAUGAAUAUUCGGAUACCAUGGGGCUCGUUUGGGAAGUCACUCUUGCGUCUUCGUUUUGUGUUUUAUUUACCUGCGUAAACUUAGUGGAGAUGCGCGCGAACAGGCAUGUCAGAUCCACACAGCUGGAAAUCACAGAUUUUCACGUGAAGAGUACCGUGGUGUCCAGAUACGCGCGCACCACCGUCACCAGCACUGUCUUCAACCAGCUGCCGGAAGCCACGGAAGCCACCUUUGAAGUGGACCUGCCUCCCACCGCCUUCAUAUCCAACUUUACCAUCACCUCUGAUGGAAAGGAGUAUGUGUCUCAAGUCAAGCAGAAACAGGUUGCCAAAAAAAUCUACGAUGACGCCAAGAAGAAAGGACAAACGGCAGGACUGGUGGCAACAAGGAAAGAGUUUUCGGACAAAUUCAGCGUUGCGGUCAGCGUGCCCCCCGGUGAGCGUCUCUCAUUCAAGCUGUCCUUCGAGCAGCUGCUCGCUCGGACAUUGGGCCGCUACGAGCUGGUCCUGGGCCUGAGACCCGGCCAGCCGGUCCAGAAUCUCACAGUGGACGUGUCCAUCAUCGAGAGCACUGGGAUCAGCUUUGUACGUGUGCUGCCUCUCCGAACCGACCGGCAUGGUCGGUUCAAUGCCCUGGGAGAAACUACCCCCCCUCCCUCUACACUGGUGGAACGGACAGGGUCAACGAGAGCUCAAGUGUUCUACAGCCCCACCAUACAGCAACAGAAAAGCUUAGGGGGUCUCAAUGCAGACUUUGUCAUCGAGUAUGACGUCAUCCUCACCAACCUAAUUGGGGAUGUGCAGGUGUUCGACGGAUACUUUGUGCACUACUUUGCUCCUCGGGAGCUGCCAGUCGUGCCAAAGGAAGUGAUCUUCGUCAUCGACGUGAGCGGAUCAAUGUCCGGGGCAAAACUCGACCAGACGAAGAAGGCCAUGGACACCAUACUGUCUGACUUGCGGAGCCACGAUCACUUCAACAUUCUCACCUUCCACUCAACAGUGGACUUCUGGCAAAAGAAUGGCACAGUUCCAGCCACAGCAGCCAACAUAAACCGUGCCAAAGCUUUUGUGAAGAAAAUGAGGGAUAGGGGUUCCACAAACAUCAACGAUGCCCUGGUGGAAGCAGGGAGGCUCCUGCAGCACUCCUCGUCACAGUCAGACACUCGGCCGGUCCCUAUGGUGAUCUUUCUGACCGACGGACAGGCCAAUAACGGCGUGACCCAUAAAGCCGCGAUUCGGCACAACGCCAGAGAGGCGCUUGGGGCCGCCGCCCUGUUCGGGCUGGCUUUUGGCGCUGAUGCUGACUAUGACCUUCUUCGACAGCUCUCCAUGGAUAACAGGGGUGUUGCUCGGAGAGUGUACACAGAUUCCGCAGUGAUUCUCCAGCUGAAAGGCUUCUAUGACGAGGUUGCCAGCCCGCUCCUCUCCGACGUCCAGCUGAGCUACGGUGACGACCAGGCCUACGAUGUGACCCGCUCCCUCUUCCCCAACUACUUCCAAGGCUCGGAGCUGGUGGUGGCAGGCAGGGUGCAUCCAGGGGCCAACGACCUUGGCGUGACCUUGAACGCCUUUGACACCAAGAGGCACCUGACCGUGGAAAACAGCAUUCCCAUCUCCGAGGUGAGCGAACCGGGCGACCUCGAUUCCGGCGAAAGCUCCCAACUGGACCAGGAGGAAAUCUCUGGGUUUGUGCAGCGCCUGUGGGCGUACUUCACCAUCAAAGAGCUGCUCCUGACCGCCGAGAACACCAGCGACGCGUCCACCCGCGCCCUGCUGGAGCAGAACGCCACCAGCCUCUCUCUGAAGUACAACUUUGUCACGCCGGUCACCUCGUUGGUGGUGGUCAAGCCGGACGUAGAGGAAGAAGAUUCCGUCGCAACACCACCACCACCAUCAUCAGCAGCAGACUCUACUCGCCAACAAAGCCAAAGAAAGUCAAGCAGUCACAAUUCCGGCAGAGCUCAUUCCUCAAAAUCCUUUUCCUCCUCAGCGUAUGGCGACCCACAUUUUCUGGUGCACCUGCCACAACUGGAGGCGAAUCUGUGUUUCACCAUCGAUGGCCACGCUAACGAUGUCCUACGCCUUGUGGAAGACACUGAAAAAGGCAUUACAGUGGACGGCCAUCUGAUGUGGGCUCCAUCUGACGAGGGCCACGAGGACCAGGAGCGCACCUACUUUGACCAGAUCGUGGUGUCUAGGAGUGGACCCAAGGCAGUGGUAGUCACGGUGACCCUGGACUCGGUGAACAUCUCCAGCCAUGGGCGUCCAGACAGAACCCUUCGCACAGAUGUCAUGGGUUCCAUCCGUGACCAGGACCUGCAGGUGGAGCUGGACGAUCGCCUCCGCUGCUGGGUGGACCUGGGUCAGGGUGUGAGCUUCCUGGUUCUGUUUGAGCAUUACAAACACCCAAACUACAUGCAGCUGGACCACCUCGGCUUCUACAUUGCCAAGGCUAAUGGUCUCUCUGUGGGGACUGAAGGACUUCUAGGCCAGUUCCUGCACGCUGAUAUUAUGAUCGAGGAAACCGAGGAGACGGGAGAUCUACGGGCAGAGGUCAGAGGUCAAGGUGCUCCACUAGCCUUCGGGACGCUGCAGAGAGGGGACGCGCAGGUCCCUGUGACCUUGAGGAGGAAGAUGAUGAAGGACACGGUGAGGAAACCCCACGCGGGACACUGCUGGGAAGUGGGCAAGGCCGAUGUGGACAAGAUCCUGGCCAAGCCCUAUCGUGCUUAUGUACACUGAUGGCCUCUCUUAUCAGUCCACGUGCUAAGUGUGCCUGUGUGUGUACAGUAAGUAUGUGGUCGUGUACGUUGAUGGCUCUGUUUUAUACCGUGGACUGUUGAUUAUACACCUGACACACUACCACACCUCAGUGGACUUACGAAUUGACGUUACGAAUCAUCAAUCCGUUGUUUAUUCAGCGGAACUGACGGAGGAUUAAGCUCUCUCAUAGCAAUGCCCUGGACAAAAAUAAACGCAGAGAAGGGGCCAAAGUUGGGUGGAGCGGUGGCAUCGUCACCAACUGGGUCAACCUGGGUUUGAUUCCCGCCAUUGUGAGUCUGUGGCGCACCCUGGACAAAAGCGUUUGCUAAAUAUCAUUUAGCUGUGGAUUUACUGUGCAUUAGAAAGCUAAACCCACUUGUGCACUUCGACUGAGUGCCUUAUUGAAAAUGCAUCAUGGAGUUUGGAACCGUUAUCUAAAAUCUCAUGAAUAUUCUUCAGAAAGCCAUAUGUAGAAUUGCUAUAUAGAAGUGCCAUAUGAGUUCAUUACACUACUACAUUACAUUGCAUUUUCUUAGCUUGAUUCAUGGGUACCAUCACAGAUACAGAUAGUCUAUAAAGUGUGAUAAACUAAUGUUUUUUUAAAAAAGAUAUAUAUUUUUUAUUAUAACUGGUUGUGGAAUGACUUGGAAAUGCAUUUCACAUUUUCCAGAAGAAACUGUAACUAGAGAGUCACAUAUACUACUAAAAAUAAUAUGUUAAAACUCCUGAAACAAAUAAAUACACAACUAUAAGAGUC